AUGCCGCCGACGACGUUUAGCAACGCGGACGCGUACUUCACCGAGAAGCUCGGCGCGGAGUUCGUGUUCGGUCAGCGACCGGACGCGGACUUGGACGAGCUCAACGCGCUCUUCGCGACCGUGGGCUUCCCGCAGAGGGACCCCGUGCGAUUGAAGCGCGCGCUCGUGAACUCGCAUCUCAUCGUGUGGGUCGUCGCGACGGAUAAGAACAAAUCGCGCGCGACGCACGUCGGGCAAGUCAUCGGGUUCGCGCGCGUGACCUCGGAUAAGGUCUUCAACGGGACGAUAUGGGACGUCGUCGUCUCCCCGGAGUGGCAGGGCGCGGGCAUAGGACGCGGGAUGGUGGAGCGGCUCGUGGACAAGAUGUUAGAGGAAGGGAUAAACAACGUGUCGUUGUACGCGGAACCCGCCGUCGUGAAGUUGUACAACGACUGCGGGUUCGAGAUCGAUCCGGGGGGGACGACCGGGAUGGCGUUCCGGGUGAAAUCUCGACGGAGGAAGUGAGACGAAGACGCGGGAGCGGGGGGCAGGUGGGGGGGUCACGCGACGCGCGAGAACGCACGCACGAUAGUCACGAUAGGAGCGAGCGUCGUUCGUUUGUUGUUGUACAAGUACGUCAGUCCAUC